AUGAACCAAUCUCUGGGGCCAGAGAACUCGUUCGAAGAACAAAUAGAAUGGACGAAUCAAGGGAAACAGUGGCCUUAUCCAAUUGACAAUGAGUACAUGCUGGGAUCAGAAGCUGAGGUUCCAUUCUAUGAGCACAUUUUCUUGGAAAGGCAUCUAGCUGGCUUGGGCCUCCCGAAGGAUGGUCCCAUUGCACACUUCAUGGAGUUGGUAUGUGUCGGUCUGUCAAAGAAUCCAUAUAUGACUAUAGAGAAGAAGAUGGAUCAUAUAAAAUGGUUCGCGAAUUUCUUCAAUGAAGAGAAGCAAAAACUGAUCCACAAAUUACAUGAGGAAGAGGCACUGACCGCACAACAAGCGUAG